AUGGUCAAGUCACGUUCAGCGAGGGGUAUCCUCGUCACGGAUACCCUUCCCCAGCUCCAAAAUCUGGUCAAGUGCUCGCAGUGCUACCCGCAGCUCACGUCUGAGCUUCCCGGGCAGCUGCGCUCGCUCCUGCUCGGCGAGGGAGGUAUGAUGAUGGUGAAGGGUGACCUGCGCGAGGCAUGCGUGCGCAACCUGGUCAUGCUGCGCAACAAGGACAUCAUCGACAGCAUCACGCUGCUGCAGACGCUCCUCCCCCUGCUCCCGCACGCCGGCAAGGACCUGCGUGCCACUGUUCGCAAGACGAUCCUGACCGACCUCAAGACGUCGAACCAGCGUACGAAGAACCACCGCCUGAACCGUGUCGUCCAGGGGCUUCUCUUCGGCAUGAUUGAGGCCGGCAUGGGCGGCGAGGUCACCGGCGACAAGGGCAAGGGCAAGCAGACGCAGCCGGGCGGCGAGGCGAUGUGGGCUGUCAUGAUGGUGCGCGAGCUGUGGCGCAAGGGCGUGUGGACGGACGCCAAGACGGUGUCGAUUGCGGCGCUUGCGACCUUCCACCCGAACACCAAGGUGCAGAGUGCUGCCAUCCACUUCUUCCUUGGUUCCGACAAUGACGACGAGGAAGACUCGGACGACGAGGACACGGUCGCGGCGAGCCGGAAGAACGUCAAGGGCAUCGAGCACAAGAACAAGGUCAAGAAGACGGGACGCAAGGAGGAGCGACUGCUGAAGAAGGCGCAGAGCGGGCUGUCGCACGAGCGACGGAAGCGCGCCGAGGACGCGGGCAAGAAGGUGAAUUUCCCGGCGCUCGAGCUGCUGCACGACCCGCAGACGUUUGGCGAGAAACUCUACGACAACCUCCAGAAGCACGACAAGAAGUACUCGCUCGACCACAAGAUUCUCAUCAUGCAGCUCCUCUCGCGUGUCAUGGGCGUGCACAAGCUCUGCGUGCUCGGAUUCUACACCUUCAUCAUCAAGUACCUCACCUACCACCAGCUGCAGGUGACGCUGAUCCUCGUCUCGCUCGCGCAGUCGGUGCACGACCUCACCCCGCCCGACGCGCUGACGCCCGUCAUCCGCAAGAUUGCGCAGGAGUUUGUGCACCCCGGCGUCGGCGCCGAGGUCAUUGCGGCGGGUAUCAAUGCGAUUCGCGAGGUCUGUCGCCGCCAGCCGUGGUGCAUGGAGGAGGACCUCCUGGGCGACUUGGUCGAGUACAAGAAGUCCAAGGACAAGGGCGUCGCAACGGCUGCGGGCGGUCUGCUCCAACUCUUCCGCGAGGUGAACCCCGGCAUGCUCAAGCGCCGCGACCGCGGCAAGGCGGCGAGCAUGGGCCUCAUCGGUCCUGGCGUCGCAGCGUACGGCCACGGCCAGGACGCGGCGGAGGGCAUCGAGGGCCUGGAGCUGCUCGAGGAGCACUUUGCGGCGAUGCGGAAGGAGGCGAAUGGCGGCGUCAGCGACGACGAGGACGCGCCGAUGGACGAGGACGACGAGGCGGGGUGGGAGAACUGGGAGGCCGAGAGCGACUCGGAGUCGGAGAGCGACGGCUGGGUCGACGUCGACAGCGACGGGGGCGACCUUGAGAUCUCCGAUUCCGAGGACGAAGGCAAGCCGAAGCGCGAGAAGCGGAAACGCCGGCGCGGGGCCGAGGAGUCUGAGUCCGAGGACGAGUCGGACGACGACGCCAAGUCCGUCGUCUCGACAGCGACGAGCGCGACGUCCGAGGCGAAGAAGCUCUCGCUGCUUGCCCAGCAGAAGAUCCUCACGCCCGCCGACUUUGCGCUCCUGAAUGAGCUCAAGCUCAAGGCGGCGCAGAAGGCCGUCGAGCAAGCAGGCGGCACGGCGGCAAAGCGCAAGCUCGCCGAGCUCGAGCGCGCCAAGCGCACCGUCACCGUCGAGGAGCAGGGGCAGUUCUUGACCGUCGACGAGAUCCUGGGCCCGCGCAAGAAGACCAAGGCCGACUACGAGGAGCGCAUGGAGAGCAUCCGCCGCGGACGCGAGGACCGCGAAAAGUUCGGCUCCCUCAAGGGAAAGAAGAUGAAGGACAAGCCGUCCUCGAGCACCAACCGCGAGAAGGCGCGCAACAAGCCCCUCAUGAUGGCCGUGCACUCCAACAAGGUCAUGCAGAAGAAGAAGGCGUCGCUGCGCCAGAAGCAGAUCCGUCUCCGCGCCGCGAUCGACAAGCAGAAGAAGAUGAAGCAUUAA